AUGUAUUCUACUCAAGAACAAACCAUUACAACUCCACAAGAUUAUCCUACAAGUGAUGAUUUUUACAUUCAUUUUCAUUUGAUCAAUGUAAAUUGGCCUUCUCAAAUUAAUGUUACAAACUCAAUCGAUGAUUUUACAACUACCGUUAAUCAAAACUUUUGGAUUUCUACUAACAACCUAUGCAGCAAUAAUCGCACAACAAUUGUGAAUGAAGAUGGAAAUAUCUCUUUAUACGAAUCUUUUUCCUGUCUGCCUAUUCCACAUCCUAUAUUAGAAACAAUUAUUCCGGCCAUUGGUGGUGCUGUUAGGCAAAUGGUAGAAGAAAAUGUGGAAGGUCGUGAUGUUUUAGAGAUGCAUGUGAUGCUCCGUUUGACCACAUGGCCUAUUCAAGUGGAUAAUGUUAUGUCUCAAGAAUGUCAUCCACAUGUCUGUGCAGCAUCUCAACUUGUUUUGGAUCGAUUAGAGGAAGUUACAAA